CUUCUUCUCGUUCAUCGACCUUCGACCUUUACGAUGGGCAAGCACGGACGCAGGAUGCUGCUGGCGCUGGCGCUGCCCAUGACCCUCGCGCGCGAAUCGCCGUGGUCGGCCAUCGAUGGCCCGCUUGGCGCCGUGCGCCUCGAGGCCACGCCGCCGAUUGUGACACCGGGCGGCGACGUCGUCAUCUCGUGGGCGCAUGCCCCCGCGGACCCGCACGACUAUGUGACGCUGACGUGUGGGCCGACGACGGGCGCCGACGACUACAUUGCGCUGCGCAACGUCUCGGCGGGCGGCUCUGUGCGCUUUGACGACUUGUACAUGCUCCGAUGCGACUACGAAGCGCACUACUUCCAGUACCGCGCGAGCGCCGGGUUUGUUUGCGCUGGCAGCAUUACGAUUCCGCUCUGCGACUCGAUCCAUGCACCCAAGCAAGGCCACUUGGGCUUCAACGACGCCAUUGACGAGAUGGUUCUUCUCUACAACUCGGCGUCGGACGCGAGCACGCCCAUGGUCAAGUACGGGCCAACGCGGUCGCUCGCAGGUGCGACGAUUCGCAACGGCACAUCAACGACGUACACAGCCUCCGACAUGUGCCACGCUCCUGCCACCACGGUCGGUCAAACGCUGUUUCGGGCCCCGGGGUACUUUCAUACCGUGGUCAUGGAUGGUCUCGCGCCAGGUACCGAGUACUUUUACCAGUUUGGCAACGACGUCGACGGGUGGAGCACCGUCGCGUCGUUCCUCUCGCGCGUACCACCGGGGCCCGACACGGACGUCUCAUUCAUCGGGUAUGGAGAUAUGGGUGUCGACGACGCGCCCCGGGGCUGGUCCACCGCGCUCCGCGUCUUUGAAGACAUUGUUGCCCGCGACUACAAUGGGUUUCUGCUGCAUUUCGGCGACAUUAGCUACGCUCGCGGGAACGGGCUGCAGUGGGACAAGUUUUUCGCGCUCAUCGAACCCGUCGCGAUGCGCAUUCCGUACAUGGCAAGCAUUGGCAACCAUGAAUUCGACUACAUUGGCGGCGGCGAGAAAGACCCGUCGCACCUCGAGAGCUUCCACCCGAGCUGGGGCAACUACGGCGCCGACUCGUCGGGCGAGUGCGGCGUGCCCAUGGUGCACCGGUUUCACGCACCGACGAACGGGCAUGGCCUCUUUUGGUACAGCUUUGCGCACGGCCCCAUCUCUGUGGUUCAAAUGUCAUCCGAGCACGAUUUUCUGCCGGGCUCGGUGCAAUUCGAGUGGCUGCACGCGACGCUGGCCGCCAUCGACCGACGCGUGACGCCAUGGGUCGUCGUGACGGCCCAUCGCAUGAUGUAUACGACACAAAUCGGCGAAGAGAAGGACCUCCGCGUCUCCAAGCACUUUCGCGCCGCGAUCGAGCCGCUCUUGCAGCAGUACAAGGUCAACCUCGUGCUGGCGGGGCACCAGCACUCGUACGAACGGUCGUGCCCCGUGUUCAACGGCACGUGCGUCGAGCACGGCACCGUGCACAUGGUGGUCGGGUCGGCCGGCGCCGAGCUCGAGGCGCAGGGCUUUUCGGAUGCGAUCGGCCCGUGGAGUGUCGCACACAUCAACGCGUACGGCUACCUCCGCGGCCGAGCGUCCAAGGACCGAUUGCAUUUGGAGUUUGUUUUGAACGCCAACGGCAACGUGUACGACCAGGUGGACCUGGCGCUUUGGACGUGAUACGUGCAUCGUAUUGCAUAACAUGGAUAUCAUCAACUAUGCCCUGG